ACUUAUUAUAAGAAAGAAAAAAAAAACAGAAACAAGAACGGUGGAAGAGACAAAGAUGUGUAGUUCCGAUUCUCUUCAGCUUCACAAUGUCUUCGUCUAUGGUAGCUUUCAAGAUCCCGACGUCAUCAACGUCAUGCUUGAUCGUACUCCUGAGAUAGUCUCCGCAACACUCCCGGGCUUUCAAAGGUUUAGGCUUAAAGGACGUUUGUAUCCAUGUAUUGUUCCUUCUGAGAAAGGAGAAGUUCAUGGCAAGGUACUAAUGGGAGUAACAAGUGAUGAGCUUGAGAAUUUAGAUGCGGUUGAGGGAAAUGAAUAUGAGAGAGUGACCGUCGGGAUUGUUAGGGAGGACAAUUCGGAGAAGAUGGCAGUGAAAACAUAUAUGUGGAUCAACAAGGCUGAUCCUGAUAUGUUUGGAGAAUGGAAUUUCGAGGUUUGAUGAUUUAAACAAUGUAUUUUUAGCUUUUGUGAACUCAUUAUGACUGGAAAAAUGGUACAUUGUUUCGAUUCGCUUCUUAGGAAUGGAAACGGUUGCACAAGAAGAAAUUCAUAGAGACUUUCAAGAAAAUCAUGGAAUGUAAGAAGAAACCUCAGGGACAGGGAAAUGAUGAUAUUAGCCAUGUCCUACGCGAAGAUCAAUAGGAUAAGACUCCAUCGUCUUGGAUGGACUUGUGUUUGAGUAUGUUCUAUAUAUAACCACCUUUGUUAAAUUAUCAACAACAAAAAACCUUCGUUUUUAAAAAUCUAAAAUAAAUAAAACGUAGAGAGUGUUGUAUUGAUGUAAGAUUUUUG